UGGUGAUUGGUGGUGCAGUGUGCAGUCCAGUCAGUUGUGUGUGUGGUGUGUGAACAACUUUAUUUAUAUAGGGAACUGCCUGUUUUUACCUCGAUUGCUGAUGACUUGAAAUUUUCAACUAUUUUAACUAUUUUUAAUGAUGACAACACUUUUGAAGAUGAAUCUACUAUUUUAGUUUUAUGUAUUUUUGACCACUGAAAGAUGGAUAGUCACAAAACAAGAAACAAAGCCUCAAGGAGAAGAGGUGGCAAGAAAAAAUUUGAAAACAAAGCAGUGACAAAAACUCCCUCAAAGAAGGAAGAAGCAAAAAAAUUUUCGCCUCUAGCAGCGCAGAGACUAAAUGAAUUGACGAACUUGUUUAGUAAAGUUGGCAGUAAUAAUGUCUAUGGAGUGGUGGUUCUCAUUAGAUGGAACAGCUUUCAAACUAUUCCUAUCAGAUCGCAAGAUGCCCUGUACAACAACAAAUAUGAAUGUUCGCUGGAUUAUGGAUCCUUCAUUCCAGAAGUAGAUAAGUAUGAACUGAAUGGUAUGUUAAAUCAAAUGCAAAAGUUUCCAUCAAUGGAUCAGGUUGAACUAAAAGAAAAAGAAUACGAACGAGCCUUAUUCUGGUUGAGAGCUUUUGCGAAGCGGCCCAUCGGUGUUGUCCUAUUGGAUUUGCAGAAGAUUAUUCGAUUAGAAAAGGUCAAAGAACAUAAUCCCUUGGCUCAGUUCUUUUGCAAUGUUUGUAACUAUUGUUGCAACUCACUAGAAGUAGUGGUUCAUCAUAUUGCUGACGAGCGGCACAAGAAGAAAUUGGAGGUUGCAAGAGAAAAAAUUUCGAUGAAAUAUUUAGCAUCAGCAGCAAUCCCAGAUUAUCAUUGCCUGUUUUAUUCAGAAGCCCUAGAAACGCACUUCAAACAGAUUAUGAUGUCUGAGAAAAAUAUCAAACUGCGCAGUAAAGUACAAGAAGACAUCUCAAAAAUUAUCCAGAAAUUUUAUCCUAGUAAAGGAUUUGAGGUGAGGCUCAUUGGCUCCUCUGCACAUGGAAUGGGACUUGAGUCAGCAGAGGUUAACUUGGACCUUAGUCUCCCGACAGAUACGAAAAUAUCCCAAGUAUUUCUGGAUAUUUCUGAACACAUGAAAGCAAGUCAUUUUAGUGCUGUAAGUAUUGACCAUGAUGCUGAUUUUCUUCUGCUGACAUCAAUCCACAAUAGCUCCAAAUUGAAGUGUACAAUGAGUGUCAAUCAUACAAAAGCAUUCAAAUUAGCACUCCUACUGACGGAAUACAAGAAGAUUGAUCCUGUAGUUACCAAACUAGCAGUAUUAUUCAGGCACUGGGGCCAGUUAACGAGUACAGAUGAUCCAAAACAUGGAACUCUGCCAGGCUAUGCAUUUUACUUGCUUGUAGUAUACUUUCUGCAACAAAAAGGCUUUCUGCCCAUUUUGUCUGAAAAACCCAGUCUUACUGGUGCUGAUUCGGAAGGAACUUGCAAAUUUGAGAAAGUGGGUGACUGGCAGAAGCCAAAAGAAUUAGAUAACCCAGCAAUUCUUUUUACAAUGUGGCGAGAACUGUUUAAAUUCUACCUAGUUGAUUUUGAAAUGGCCAAACAUGUGGUCGCCAUUAGCAGCCAAAAACCUGUUCUAAAGGAAACCUACAAAUGGGGAGGAAAAAAACUGUCAAUUUUAGAUCCAUUUUCAUUGAGGAACAUAGUUGCAAGGACAGUUUACCACGAAGCUUGUCAUAAUUACAUCCUAGGAUGUAUGAUUUCAACUUUAGUUUACUAUUCAAUUCCUGUCACCAAACAAGGACCCAUUUUCAGCUACAUCAAUGAAGAUUUUGAUGCUUGCGCUUUUGACUGCUUUUACUCUGUUGUGGAUAGGUACAAGAAGAUACAAAGAUGCCUCGUGGAUCAAAUUCUCAAAUGCGAUCUGAACUAUCAAGAGAAUAAGGACAAAGAAAAUAGCGUGCAAGAGCCCUCUGGAGAAAUAAUUGAGCCACCUGAGUGUCUGUUUGAGUGGCAAGAUUAUUUGAUGGAAGCACCUAUUCCACUUUUUAAAUCUUUACCUCCUCGUAAUGCAUACAUCAAGCUCGCAGUAACCAAAAUACAAGCAGAACUCAUGAUAAAAGCUUUGAAGCAAGAUGCUUUGAGCUUCAGUUUUUGUAGAGAGGUUUUUGUUAAUUGUAAGGAAGUACCAGUAUACUGUGCUGGAUGUCAGCAAGAGGGACAUUAUAGGGAUAAGUGUCCAGAUGAAUAUCUUCCACCCAUGGGCCAUGUUCCUCCAGCCAAGCCAGAUGCACUUGAAAAGCUCACAAAAGUUUGCAAAGCUGUCCAGAAAAAAGUCCAACUUUCUCAAAAUGAUCUUUUCAUGCGAGAAAAAGUACUCAAAGAGCUUGAAGGUUACAUCAACGAGAGGUUUCCUGAGGCAAAAUUACACUUGUUCGGUUCAUCUGCUAAUGGUCUUGGCCUUAAAAAUUCAGAUCUUGAUAUCUGUUUAUUACUCAAUAAUGAUGAAGUUCUAAAGAGUAUGGCUGUUGCAGAUUUUUUCAAUCAGCUAUGUUCAGUUUUAAAGGCCAGUAAAAGUGUAUAUAACGUUGUUCCAAUCAGCACAGCUAAGAUUCCAAUCCUCAAGUUUGUGCAUCGCGCCUCCCGCUUGAAAGGAGACAUAAGCUGCAGUAAUUUACUAGCCUUAGAAAAUACCAAACUUCUCAAAUCAUAUUGUAGUAUCGAUGAUAGAGUUUCGAUCAUGUGUCAAAUGAUGAAAUAUUUAAUGAAAUCCUGCAAUGUCUGUGACGCAUCUAGAGGUAGCUUAUCAUCCUAUGCCUACUCAUUGAUGGUCAUAUACUUCCUUCAGCAAUGCUCUCCACCUGUAAUUCCUGUUUUACAAGAGUUGCCGCCGCCAAAUCAAAAGACAAGUAUAGAUGGCUUUGAAGUUUCGUAUUACAAAGAUAUUCCAAACAUUGCUAAAGUUUGGCCACAGCUUGGUGCAAAUAGCAAAUCGUGCAGCGAACUCUGGUUAGAUUUAUUGGAAUUUUAUACUGAAAGAUUUGAUUUCAAUCAUCAUGUCAUCGCUGUCCGUCAGACUAAAAUUUUGACAAAACUAGAAAAACUUUGGUUCUCCAGUAUCACGAUUGAAGACCCUUUUGAACAAACUCAUAAUUUAGGAUCAGCGCUAUCCAAAAAGAUGUCUGUUUACAUUCGCUCAAUCUUCCAAAAAGCAAGACUCCUGUUUUCUAUGCCGCCAUCCAUUAGUAGUAAUGCCUCACCUGAACUUUUAGUGGACCAUUAUUUUAAGCACAGGAGUCUCGUCACGAAUGGUCCACCAAUAGGAGAACGUGCUUGCCGACAUUGUGGAGUCAUCAAACAUCUAAUGAGAGACUGUCCUGAAUUGAAAGGAAAGAAGGAUCUAGAACAAAACGGUGCGAUCAAUGAAACAACAGCUCUAGAUGUUGAUUUAGAAGGUAUCAGUGAUAGCGAUCUAAAUGAUACAGGCUCUUUUACUUUAGACGGAUCAAGUCUUCUUGAAAGUAGGCUGCCCUCCUCGCCAAAGCCCUCUCCUCACUUUGUUAAAGAAGAGGGUGUAGCAGUUCAUGUAGAGGAAUUCAUUAAGAAGCUAGCGCUAAACAUGGGCGGUCAAUCCCCUUCUCAGAGCAUUCCACCAAGGUUAGAAUCCCCUAUGCAGUCCCCUAGAGUUUUUUUCUCCUCUACUCAAACUCUUGAGUCUGUCCCUGCAUCAUUCCAAGUCCAUGCUGACAAUAUGAACAUUAAUUAUUCAGUCCGGAGCCCACAAGUCUCAAGAAAUCUUUUUCCCGAGCACAUUCAGUACAGUCCACAUGGGUCAGCUGCUAGUGUAGUUGGAUCUCCUAUGAUGUCACCUCAGAGGCCAAUACCACCCAAUUUUAGUAGAAAUGCCAAUGUUAUAGGUCAAAUCUCCAAUCAUAAUGUUUUUGAUCCAAACUUUCGGCCCUUACCCAAAGAGGAGCCUAAUGGUAUGCCUUUGCAUUAUGAAGAAGUAAAAGCAUGGAAUAGGACACUCAGAGCUGAGCCCCUUUCCGGUACCCCUGUCAAUGAUUUCAAAGCAUGGUUUCAACAAGCACAAGUGGACCAGAAAAUGAAAGAAUAAAUGUUGAUCUACAAUUCAAAAUUAUGUCACAAUGAUUGUAACUUUAGUCCGUCAAGAUAGACAGAACCCUGGCAAAUUUGAACCUCUUAAAUCACAAGAUCAAAUGGACUGCAUUUUGCAAUUUGGACCUAUAAAUUCUGGCUCAUCUGAAAAAACACAUAUGUGCAUAGGGAAACUAAUGGCUCAUACGUUGUUUUUAAACUGGUCUGGAAUUUAUAGGUCCAAAUUGCUAAAUGUAGUCCAAUAGUGGACCUACUAUUUUUAUUCACCCAGUCACUGAGUCAACUCUUCUUUGCACUAAAGCUUGAACAUUAGCUCCUUGCUGAUGUUAAGUCAGUACCCUUAGGAUCUUUGCUUUCCAUUCUGACUGCGGCAAAAAGCGCUCGCUGCACUGCAUCAAGGACUAGUGCCCCCAUGCAAUGUAGUUUGUGAUAUGCAAUGACCCAUGAAAUGUGAACAAAAAUAAGGCAUAGGGUUGAUUGCAUGGGUUGUCCAGAUGCUUCUUAUCUUGGUCAAACCAUUUGAACUUCCCAACACAAGUCACCAGCAGCUUUAGUGCAUUUGAACUGAGAACAGACCCCCAUGUUUGUAAAAUACCUAUUGCAUUUCUGUUAAAGGAUCAAUCGUGUUCCGUUUUAAAGUUGCCAAAAUGUUAUUUUUCAUGCACCAUUGCUGAGUGAAUGAAUUGAAGAGAGACACUUUAGUGUUCAUUUUUUAGCGGAAGGAGCAACAAAUUUUUUCCCUCUCCUUUAUGUUAGUAUUUCUUUUAAUAAUUUCAUUUCAUUUUCAACUCAUAAACCCACCCUUUAUCCGUCACAUUUUAUCAUUUUGACCAAAGCAAAUGUUGAAUUUUGGAGGCAUGGCGGUGUUCAACAAAUCAUUGAUCUAAUCUAUAUUUAUUUGACUAAUUUUUAUAAUGUUUUACUGUUAUCACCGAUUUUAAGUGUAUAUGUAUUUUUACGCUGAUUUUAGAAUCUUUUUAUCAUACAUUUUAGAAAAAGCCAGAGAUUUCAUUCUCAAACUGUGAAUAUUUUCAAUUGAAGUUUUAGAAUUUUAUUUCCUUUAUAAGUUGUCCCUAAACUGAUCCAAUUUUGGAUCAAACAUAGAUUCGUAUUGAAGGAUUCACAAAAUCUUGUUCUGAAGUAGUAUUUUGAAGAAUCAUUCAGUAAAUUUUGAUUUGAAACUGAAUAUUGUUUUAAAUCAGUGAUUUUUUAUGCUGAUGAAUUAUUUCAGUAUGUUAUUAAUUUUCCUUUACUUUUCCUCUCUCUUAUAAAUUUAAUCCAGUUAGCCUUCAUGAAAGAGCCAUCUUAACGUUGGUACACCCUUUUGAGUACACACCACUGUGGAAAAUAAUUUCUAAGAGGUUUCAAUUAAAAUUAGCACCCAAAAUAGUCGAUCAAAUUUAUGCAUGAAUUGAUAAACAUAUUCACAUGAAGUGGAAUAAUGUUGUUUUUUUAGCAAUUUCAAAGAAAAACCAGUAAAAAUUCCAGGUAAUAAAUGUGAAACCUGACCUUAAUAAAAUGUUUUGACCCACUUUUCAUGCUUUUCAGUUGUUAUGUAGGAGAUCAAUCUCAUGACAAAAUGAUCUCCAACAGCAAAUUUAUGUUUUAUUUCAGACUCUUAAAGCAUGUUUAUUUAAUUGGCAUAUGCGACUUUACAGACUCAGAAUAUAAGUGAUCAUCCACUUUAUCAUUAAAAUUAUAAAAUGUCUGUCAUGAGAAAUUAUUUUUCAUUCUUUUUACACCUACAAUAUAUGUACAAUUGUAUAGCAUCUGCAACUGCAUGUUUUUCAUUUUGCAUGUGCCAAAAAAAGUUUCCUUGAGUCUGAGUAUGCUACAGAAUUGGGACUGCCCCAGUGCAAUCAUUGAGAAAGCAGUUGGGAAAAAUUCAUACUUUUUGGUCUCCAUAAACUCACCUCUUUGGCAUGUAAAAAUAAACAAUGAGUAGUUUGAGCACUUAAGGUGAACCAAAGUGAUCUCAGAAUGAAAACUAGUGCUACGUUUCAUUGCUAUCCAGCUGGAGUCUUGAUAAUGGAAUAGUUCAGUCACAAAGCUGGACAAUGAAGACACUAGAAUCAAUACUCAUUGAGAAUAUUAAGUCAUCAAAUUUGUGAAGAUUCAUUGUCAAUCUUUUCAGAAAAUUAGGCCAACAAACAUUUUUUAUGGUCUUUUUUUUUUGUAAGGGAAAGAAAUCUUACUGCUAUCUCUCUCAAACGUAAAAUGUCAGUGACUAGUGUCCGUUUCUCUAAUUUUGGAUAGGUAUAAACAAGCAAUAAAUCUUUACAAAUUUGAAACAAUUUUACUCUGUAUUUAUGCUGCAACAUUUCGUGGUUCGGAUUUUCUGUAAAAUCUAAGUUUGUGAUGAUUAUUCUAUUUUUUAGACACCUACUGGGUGUGGCUGUUUCUGUUCCUAAAUCACUUAGAGUCACACUGAAUAUGUCAUGUUUAGUUGAGUGUAAUUUGUGAAAAUUAAUCGUCAAUUUACCCAGAAAAUUAGGGCAACAAACAUUCUUUAUGGACUUUUUUUUGUAAGAGAAAGAAAUCUUACCGCUAUAUCUCUCUAGUGGGUCUAAAAAAUUGAACAUGGAUGUUGCGGUUGCGCUUGAGUUGAUUACAAAACUGAACCAAAUCCUAUGGUAUAAAAAAAAAUAUCUCCAGGUUUUACCAGCACCUAUUUGUGACAACUCUCGGCUUGCUAAAAAAACCUUUUAGUCGAAAGAAUAUCGACAGUGGAUUAUGGUUUUUUUAAAUUUUUUUUUUUCGUCAAUGUUUCUUCCUUGGUGAAAUCAAAUUCAAUAAAAAAACAGGAAAUUAAGAUGUCACAUUCUAGUGACUUCUCACUCAGUUUUCAAUCCACUAUUAUUGAUGCUAUUAUUGCUUUUGUAGCUUCAAUAUUGGCUGUUUUUCCAGAUUCAUGGUUGUACUUGUAUAUUAUCAGGCGGUAAUGUUGAAUUUAAAAUCACUGAGUAGAUCAAUAUUACUUCUUCUCUCAAACUGAUGAAUAGGAAAAAAAAAAAAAAAAAAAAAAAAAAAAAAAAAAAAAAAAUUAAAUUGUUAAAGUAUUAUUAUUUUUUCUAUUCUCAGUCCACUUACAAAACAAAAGGGUUUUUCAGCUUUGUUAGUCUUGACAAACAUUGUGCCCUUUUUUAAAUGUUUUACUGCGUUUUAAUUUUACUUGAUCUAUAUGCAGUGUACCUGAAAUAUUUAGUUUGGAUUUACUCUUCAAUUUGUUUUUCUUCUUCUCCACCUCCCCCUUUGUAAUUUUAUUGUGUUUUGAACCGGCUCCUGUAAAUAAAUUGUAAUUUAAUAGGUUUACGUAUGCUGGCAAUUGUUGAAUGGUUUUUAAAACAGUAUGAUCUUCAUACUUUGAUGACUUUUUGUCCAUGGAAUCAUUUGUAAAAAUAUACUGUUAUGGGGAAAUAAAACUAUUGAUGGCAAUUUUACAAA